AAGUUAUAAUUAACUAACGCAUUUUACUUUAAAACCAAAUAAAAGUUAAAAUGUUUCUAGUAAAAUAUGAAUUUGUUGUCGUUUUCUUAUUUAUAAAUUUUGUUAAUAUCGAUAUAACGUUUGCUAAAUGUCGUCUAAACGUUCCUGCAAUGCAAAAUCUUCAACUUAAAAGAAUGUCGGGAUUAUGGUAUCCAGUUGAAACAGACGAUCCAUCCGUAAAUGCGAGAAAAGGUUGUGAUACGUUCAAUGUAACUUAUUCAAAUUCCGUGGAAAAAGGGGAAUCAAUAACAGCUUUUCUCACGUCGAAUGAAAAAAAAUACGAAAGAUUUACAUUAUAUUCUGUGAACGGUACGGGUCGAUUAAAAAUACAAAACAAUGGUAACAGGAAAAUUGCUGAUCUUAUUGAUGGAUGGUUAAUAUCAAGCGAUUAUGUUAAUUAUUCGAUGUGGUAUGUUUGUAAUGAAAACUCAAAAGAUCCAGGAUAUAAAUAUAUAGGAUUGAGGGAAAGACCACCCAAAAUGGAUAUUGUAAAACAAAUUAGCAGUAUGUUUAUAUCAUUGGGAUUUGAUCUUACAGAUUUACGUAGUAUUAACCAAAUUAAUUGUUGA